UUAGUGAAUGAAAGGCGCUUCCCGAUAAGUUUUACCCUCUGUAAACAAUGGUUUCUGGCUCUCUUUACGCGUUAUUAGCGGGUCUUUGUGGUGCAGCGGCUUCACUCUCCGCUAAACUAUCUCUGGGCGCUAGUGUCCUCAAACAAAUGUGUGCAUCUGGACUCAAGGACUGGAAACCUGGGGUAGAGGACGCGUGUGACUGGCUGGAUAUCCCCCUGCGUGUGCUCUGUGGAGGCUUGCUAUUGGUUUGUAACACAGUGAUGUGGACAUUUUUCUCCAAAGCCCUGAGACACUCCUCCUCUUCAGCUCGAGUCACGGUCACCACAACAGCAUCCAACUUCAUCUCCUCGGCAGUGUUUGGUCAUGUGAUCUUUGAGGAGACCCAGGACACUUUAUGGUGGAUUGGCCUCUCUCUGACUCUGUGUGGACUGCUGCUGCUUCAUGGGUCUACAUCUCCUAGUCUACAAGGAGAGAAGGAAGACAAAAAGGACCAAUGACCCACAUGCCUAUCACAUACUACUCACGAGUAUGAAGGUUUUGGAGAAGAGGCCCAAUAUGUAAUGGUGGAGUUCUUCUUCAGGUUGGCCUUCAUUUAGACAGAAGCGUGUACAUGACUAAACUAGAUCUAGUUUAGUCUUGGUUUACUUCAUGUAGGCUAUUUUGGAAUGAAAAAGCCAAAUAUUUACUGAAGGAGUGUGAAAAGAAGAAUCAGCUGGCCUGGCAAGACUUUUCUAAUUCAUCAAACCCCUAGAAUUCUGAUGGCUAGGACUGAUAGAAACCAAUUCAAACACAUCAGGACAAACAUGGAAAUUUGCAUGCCCUUUGAGAAAAGUUAAAAACCCCAGAAACAGUGAUUUUCAACCUGGGGACCUGGGAGCUAGUCUGAUUCAUCAGCUGGUUUCACUUCAUGGAAAGUGUCUGACCUCGCAGCAUUAGGAUUCGUUCGCUCGAUGGUAGGCGGGUACUUUAUAUCAUUUAACCAAUUGCUGCUAUUUGGUAGUCAUGUAUGUAAUGCACCGCUUACGGGGCUAACUCGUAUAUUAAGCUUUUUCCCAAAUCCUGUAAGAAGAACGGCAAUAACGUCUUUCCCCUUGAUGAAAUUCACCAAACAUUCUCUUUAUUCCGACUUUAAAUAUUCGAUCUCAGGAAUCGUUGACAACACUAAAUAUAUGGCUCUUCGCUGAUUGGCUGGUGCCCAAAUUUGCAUUUCCAGUUUUUUUUUUUACUGUUUAGCGUAUUCUGAUUUCUGACCUAGUCGCUGGAGAGAAAUGAAAUUGAGCGGAGGCAGUAGGGGGCGCCAGCCUGCCUACCUGGGACCUCCAUGGAGGUCACAAAAUGAUUUCAGGGAUUCCCAUAUGAUUUUACGGAAAAAAAAUCAGGAAUUAGGAAAAUUAAAGUGUAUGAAUUAGUCUUAAACAACAUUUUGCAGUAUUUAUAGAUUGCCAUUUGUUAGGCCAAGAUAAAAUAAUAGACCAUGUACUAAAAAUAAAGUACAUUUUUUGUUUGAUUUUAUCAUUUUGAUUUAACAUUUGGGUGUCUUGAAUGCCAACGGCUCUUAUUAUGGAGGUCAUGACUGAAAAAGGUUGAGUCACGCUGGAACAAUGCAAACUUCUGCCAAAGCUGAAGGACUAAAAAUGUUAAUCAAAGCAGCACCAGCUCUUCCAGUUUGGAAAGAAUGUGACUGGUCUGGUAGGCUCAAGAAAUGGAGCAUAUACAAGUUGGACACACCAUCUCAUUUAGUGUUUUUUUUUUCUACUUCCUUUCCUACUACUUUCUACAUUUUGCAUACAUAGUGAUAUAUGAAGAGUUAAAAAGUUAACUAGUAACUAAUAACUAGUAAUAAUAACAAUUAAAAAAGGUAGAAAGUAAAAUAAGUUAAAAAACAAAACAAAAACAGAAUAAGACGAUGUGUUCAACUUUUGACUGGUAGAGUAUAUGAGGAGCAACAGGAGAACUGCAUAUUUUAAUGCCAGUUUACAUAAUUUAUGCAAGUAUUACACAUAUAUAUAUAUAUAAUUUUUUUUAAUAUGUAAUGUCUAUUUUUGGUUUGUGGGGAUCUCUCUAGCUUUUGAAAAGUCGUAAAACUUUAUUCUCUCUGAACUGUACAAAUAAAUGUUUUGAUGUAUUGGAUUUUCUGCCAACAGCCACCACAUUUGUAUAGGGAACCCUUAC